AUGGCCAUUGGGUCCACUUUACAUGUCAGUGGCUUCCCCCGCGGGGUCAGAACCAGAGAUUUGGCUCCGGAUUUUGAAAGUGUUGGCAGAGUCGUAAGAAUAGAAAUGCCUCCAGCAAGAUCAGAAUUUGUUAGACCGUACGCCUUCGUCGAGUAUGAAACUCCAGAAGAAGCCCAAGAUGCGCUCCAUCAGCUUAAUCAAAGACCUCUGUCAUUCGACCCACAUUCAUUACUUACAGUCCAAUUGGCACGCUCAGAGGCCCGUCCUUCGCGGUUUUCAGGGGCGCCAGAUCGUCACCAUAGACACGGAGAGCCAUCUCGGGGAGACUAUCGUCGUGCAUCGGACUAUCCAAGAGGGCCUAGAGGUUUUAGACCUGACGAGGGUAGAGACGAUCAAUAUGAGCCGCAGGACGACUACAGAGAACGUUCGCGCGAUGAUUUUCGGCGCCAAAGACCGGGUGCAGAAGAUAUGCAUUACGGGAAUACCAGAGGCUCCUUCGGCCAUCGAGGACCAAGAGGCUACCAAAGACCGGAUCACGCUGUGUUAAGGCGCGAGCUAUCACCCGCAAGGGUGCGGGCAGAUGAUGGGCCUGCUCCAUACCAAGAUGUUUUGCACAACAAUGCAGCGGCUUUGAAGAAACCAAGAUACGAAGGCGCAUACGAGAAACAGAAGCCAGAAGAACAAUCCCGCCCUAACCUCGAUGUGGACAUGUAUGGCGAUGAAAAACCACACGCGGAAACCCCUCAAACAUUGCCCCAAGGCACCUCCCAAGAGAACACGACGUCCUUGCCACCUCCUCCGGCGCCUGCAGAUUUGCCCAAUGCACAGUUGGAAAGUUCAACUGACGGGACGAAGAGUGCUACGGAAGUUGUUGCGGCACCCACAGAGUCUAGUGCGUCUAAAACUGCUGGGACAGGCCACGCGCCGGUCUCUAACAGCGGCAGCGAAGCAUCAGCAAGUGUCACUAACAACAACUCACAAGUUUUGUCGAGCAAAACACCAACGAAUGAUGCCACGAAUAGUUCGGAGCAUUUGUCAAGUGAGCCACUGGAAAAUGACACCACUAAAAACUCAGAGCCUUCAGCCCAAUAA